GCACUCCAGCCACGCCCCACUCCGCCCGUGGCCACGCCCCCAGCAUGCCAUGUCCAACAACAUGGCCAAGAUCGCCGAGGCCCGCAAGACGGUGGAACAGCUGAAGCUGGAGGUGAACAUCGACCGCAUGAAGGUGUCGCAGGCGGCGGCCGAGCUCCUGGCUUUCUGUGAGACGCACGCCAAAGAUGACCCGCUGGUGACACCUGUACCCGCCGCCGAAAAUCCCUUCCGCGACAAGCGCCUCUUUUGCGUCCUGCUCUAA